AUGGCUAGUGGGAGCCAGUAUUUCAAUUAUAAGAAAUACUUUUCAUUCGUCUUAAUGGCUGUGGCUGAUGCCAAUUAUUGCUUUACCUAUAUUGACAUUGGUUCCUAUGGAAGUAGUGCAGACUCUGCGAUUUUUGGGAACUCCUCUUUUGGGCAAUUACUUCGAACAGAUGGUCUGGACCUUCCACAAAAUAGUCCACUCCCGGGCACAAACGGCCCUCCCCUACCAAGUGUCUUUGUGGGUGAUGAGGCUUUUGCUCUGAACACACACCUACUUCGGCCUUAUUCAGGACAUAAUCUGAACGAAGACAAACGCAUAUUCAACUACCGGCUUAGCAGAGCACGCCGCGUAGUUGAGUGUGCUUUUGGAAUUUUGGCGAACAAGUGGAGGGUUCUCCACACACCGAUUGUGCUCAACAUGCAAAAUGCCAUUAGUGCUGUAGAAGCGGCGUGUGCCUUGCACAAUUUUGUCAGGCAGCGCGAUGGUCUAGAUUACGAGGAGCCAGUCCAUGAGACUCUGGAAAGAGCUCAUUGGACUGGUUUAGAUAUCUUAAAUUACCUUCUGAUUCUGGCUUUAGUGAGCACAGCUUCAACACGACAUUCUCGAAGAAAACCAAGAGACGGGGAUAACGAUGAAAACAAAAAGUUACCAAAAGACUGCAGUGGCAUCCCAAGAAACAAGGAAAGUGGUGUGUAUGUUAUUCACCCCCAAGAGUUCCCCCACCCAUUGAUUGUAUACUGUGACAUGACAACCCACAGUGGAGGAUGGAUUGUCAUACAGCGUAACUCCUUCAACUCCGAGAUUACAUGGGAUGAGUCCUGGACUACCUACAAAUAUGGCUUUGGCAAUGUUGAGAAGGAUUACUGGCUGGGCAUUGAGUACAUUCACCAAAUCACCAAGCAGAGGGUGUACCAGGCUCGUUUUGUUAUUCUUGACAAUAACAAUGAAGAGAAAUAUGCUGACUACAACCUGUUCAGUGUGGAGGAUGAAGCUAAUGGUUACAGGCUGAGGCUGGGAAGCUACACGGGCACCGCAGGAGAUGCCAUGUCUUCAAUAACUGCAGGGGUAGCACAUGACAACAUGAAGUUCACAGUUAAGGACAAAGACCAGGACACUAACAGUGGUGGUAACUGUGCUACCAGUUAUGGUGGUGCAUGGUGGUAUGCAGCAUGUUUUGCAUCCAAACUGAACAACAAAAAUGCAAUACACUGGCAUGGGCUCUGUAAUGGGAACUGCAAGGGAUCAACUGUAUUAAUCCGGCCAGCAGAUUACUGCAUUUACUUGGAUUAACUACAGUAUAUAGCCAUUUACAUACAGUACACAUUGUAUUGUUUCAAUUGAUGUUGAUAAUAAUACAAAUCUACUGUAUAUUCUGAUGAUUUGCUCAUGACAAUUUAUAGCUGUUUGAUGCCAGAUUGUGUAUUUUAUAAUUUUCUGCAUCUUUGAAUACAUGAACUUUCUUGCAUAUAAUUAUGAAUUAUAUUAUAAGGGGGCGUGUUGUAUGUAAAUGAAUCGUGACCCCACAUAAAUGACGCGCCUAACGAACGGCGCAUGC